GCCGACUACGCCUGCCAAAGGUGCACGACUGAGUUUACCACUGUGGCCUUUUGGUGCUACACGAGGUCUGGCCAAGUUUUGUGUACGAAGUGCUCCAAGGAGCAGAAAGGCUGCAGCUUCCAACCUGGGUGGAUGCUGAACAAGGGAAAGUCCAAGGGGAAAGGGAAGUCGAAAGCGAAGGCGGCCGAAAAGUCGGGGGAGCCGGAACCAUCGCGCCCGACCAAAAAGCACAAGGUCGAGGUAGUCGUCCCUGAACGAUCUGUCGGUGAGAUUAUCGCACGGACAAAAGCUGUUCGGGCUCGGAAGCUAGUCCAGUGUCUUCCAACCUCCACUUGUACCGUCCUGACCCCUUCCCAUCCCCACUCCUCUACUGUCCCCACUCUGUCCGACUCAUCUCGCCUGUCUCCUAUCGUCACACAAGGCAUCGCGUCAGAGCUUCGGUACCGCAUUGCUGUGGCCGAAGGUACGCGUGCCUUGCUGGCGCAUUCAAUCGCGAUGUGGCAGGGUGAGUUGGCAAGUCUUGAGGCACGUUCGGGUGGCUCGGCGGUUUUGGAUGUGGUGCUGGUGGAAGACUCGUUGGAUGCCAAGGAUUCGGACAUGUCUGUGUUGGGCGACUUUGUGCCCGAUGUGUGGAAUAGUUUCAAGGUGUCUGUCGUACAGUAA